GCUCUUCCCCAGCUACUUACACGACACCGCUAAUCUUCCUUUGGAACCACCUUCCUUCUAAUUCAAAAUGAAGUUCACCUCCGUCGUUGCUGCCCUUGCCUUCGCCGCCGUUGCCUACGCUCAGGCCAGCGAGGACCCCGCUGCUGAGCCCUCAGCCGAGCCCUCUGGCGACGUUGAGCCCUCCGUCGAGCCCUCUGGCGACGUCGAGCCCUCUGGCUCUGCUGAUCCCUCCGGCUCUGUCUCUGGAUCUGCUCGCCCCACCGGCUCCGACUCUGCUGACGGCCCCGAGCCCACCGACGAUGAGGAGGAAGGAUCCGCCUUCUCCAUUGCCCUCGGCGCUGGCCAUGUCGUGGCCGGUACCCUUGCUGGUGUCGCUGUUGCCCUCCUCUAAAAAGAUACCCACCGUCCUUCUUUAGAGGCUCCAUCAUCACCGUUACCCCUCGUACCCUAGUACCCUUUACCCUCGCGUGUGGAUUGUAGUUGGUCACAGCUUGUCUACACUUUAAUAGAAUGUUCACUCGUUUGGGAUUAUAACUCGCUGCGUGUGC